UGCUAUUGAUCAUUGUCACUCAUGGGUUGUAAUGGCCCCCUACAUCGCUUGCGAUAUCAUAGAGAAGGAUGUAUAUUAUUUCAUAAUUGUGAUACAAUCAACCCCGGCCAUCAACAUCACAGCACGUGUGCGGAGUAUAUAACAAAACGAUAUUUCUCUCCGUUGCGGAUCAGUGGUGGUGAGCGUUGAGACGCCACUGUUGGUUGUGUGUAACACACAUUCGUGUGGUUAACGAAUAUACUGCAGUGAAACCAUAGAGAUAUAUACCAAGUGAAAGCAUAAUAGUAAUGGCUUCCCGGCGAUACUCUUCAUAUCUACAGUUGAUGCCAAUCAUGCCAUCAUUCAGUGUGGUCGACGAACUGGAUUAUUCUAUACAUAUCCCAGAUACAUUUAAUUCAGAAUGGCCGUUGAAUAACACGCAGUAGUCGGCUCUUCAAAUAUGUGAACGUAAUUAUGUGGGUUCAUUUUAGAAUAAUCUAUGGUGAUUGUACCUUCUUCAUUAGCAACGAGUCAUGGAGAUAAAGAAGGCACUGAUCGUUGGAUUAUCAUUAACUCUUACAUUGGUUAUAUGCCUUUAUCUUGCUUUCGCCGAGAAUCGUCAGUAUAUCCGACAUGUUUCAUCAAUUAUGCCAAACUUCAACAUUGUGAGGAAAGCCUUUCGCAUAGAAAGCAAGCCACUUAAAAAUGGAGGCGAGGGUUCUUUACUAAUGAAAGGGGCAACAGGGAAUUUGAGCCACAGUCAGAGUGAGACUGCUUGUUAUCGUCAAGUACAGGUGUGGGACGGCAGCAAACUAGCCCAAACACCGAGAAAAUCUCAAUGUCCUGGCCUCAAAUGUGGAAUAAGCUUUGUCAAGGAUAGAAGUUACGUGACUAUGAUGAAGAGCGAUGCCGUAGUUUUCUUUCAUUUAUCUCGAUGGAGUUGGGCAGAAGUGCUCAAUAGACGGCCAUUGAAUCAAGCCUGGGUUUUCUAUUCCUUGGAGAGUCCUCCAUUGACUGGUAGAAAUGCAUUGCCACCAAGAAUACUAGACCAUAUUUUCAACUAUACGAUGUCAUACAGGCCGUCUUCAACGAUUCCCUCUCCUUAUGGUAUAUAUGACGAUACCCUGCCACAAAUACCUCAGGACCAAAAUAAAAAUUGGGCCGAAGGGAAAACUAGAUUAGUGGCCUGGGCUUCAUCCAAAUGCUUUGGACACGGUGGGAUCCAGUCUUGGAGGAGAAGAAACUUUGUAAAGACACUUUCAAAGCACGUAAGUGUCGAUAUGUAUGGCCAAUGUGGGGACCAAGUUUGCCCGAGAUAUUCACAGGGGUGCUGGACCCAAAUCAAAGCUCACAAGUUUUAUCUGGCAUUGGAGAACAACGAAUGCCGAGAAUACAUCACGGAGAAGUUCUGGGUAAACGCCCUCCGUAACGACAUCGUACCCAUCGUCUACGGACCCCCGAGGGAAGAUUACGAGCGAGUUGCGCCACCAAAUUCGUUUAUACAUCUCCAGGACUUCAGGAAUAUGAGUGAACUUGUGGAUUAUAUUAAUCUUCUUGAUGCUAAUGAUACCUUGUACAAUCAGUAUUUUGAAUGGAAGAAACGGGGCUCAGUAAAGUUUGUUGGAGAAUACAAAAUCUUGCAAGCGCAGUUCAUGUGUAAAGUGGUCUCUAAAUUGUUGGAUGACGAAAAUACGUUAAAUGGUAAUUACCAUGCACCAAGAGAUGCGAAUCCUUCAAUACAUGACUAUUGGUCAACUUCAUGUCCCAAACCAAAAGGAUUUCCUCAUGAUUUCUAGAAAGAUGUCAAUACUAAAGUUAUUUUUUUCUUCUACAACUAUAUAUACAAAUGAUUGGUAAUAGAAAUACAAAAAAUUAUAAUUCUGUCCCGAGUAUCAUUAACGUAGUAUACAACACUGAAAUUGAGUUUAAAUCAAUUGAAUUUGACAACAAUCAGUUGGAUCAAUUUUGUUGUUGUUUAUUAUUCAAAAUAAUCAAACAUUGAUAUGUAUGGAGGCUGCAUAUAUAAAUCAGUGGGGGUAUCCAAACCGGAGUAUGAGAAAAAACGUGAAGGAGAUGGGAAAAUCUGCAUAAUCGACUUUCAAAGAAACCUCGCAUACAACUGAUCGAAGUUUCUCUUUUUACAGGGCUUUAAUUAUUGUCAACACCCUCUUCACGGAUUUAUCUAAUUUUUAUACUUCUUAUGUUUAAACUGUCUUUGUUUGUUUGUUUUAUUUCCGUAUAUAAAAUACAAAGUACAUAUACAAAUUCCUAUAACAUCAAAUGAUAAGGUCAAGGAAGAAAGUAUGGUUUUGCCAGUUAACUUGCAAAAAAGGCUAUGAUUACCGUAAUGUACAGGUAGUUGACCAUCAAA